AUGUCAACUCUCUUCUUGACCCCGCGGGACCGCUACCCCUCCGACUCCAAAGCCCCGCAAGCCUGUGGCAGCUGCAAACGACAAAAGCGCAAAUGCGACAAGGCGCUGCCGGCCUGCGGGCUGUGCACCCGCAUGGAGCGCCGCUGCGACUACGUCGAGUCCAUUCAGGCUGCCCCCACGGCGGACGACUUUGCGGCGCUGCAGCAGAGACUCGCCGAGCUUGAGGGCCGUAUCAAUGACAAUGGCGGCGGCACGUCCGGCAGUGUUGGUGGGGUGGCUACCAGCUCCGGUCCAAGUCCCGUGUCGGACCCCUCCGCUUCGGGACCGAGCAUCAACGACGACUCGCCGGCAUACCCCGCCGUUGAACCGCUUUGGGAGCAACAGACGGCCUCCCAGUUCCCGCCAGACGUCUUCCUCGACAUGGCAACAUACGAGUGGCUAAACCAGCCAGUCCCGAAACCCUUCAUCGAAGUCCCUGCCGAAGUCCUCCAACACCUGGGCGACGGCACGUCCGUUCAGUCCUCCAUCGCAACGUACUUCACCACAAUCCACCCCUGGCUCCCCAUCGUCUCCAAGAAGCGCAUGAACAUGGGCGUCGCCCUCAGCCAAGGCGGACCCGACCUCGCCAUGCUCUUCCUCGCUAUGAAGCUCAUGACGACGCACCCCGAGUCGGACAGCAACAUGCCCGCCGCCCGGAUGCCGCUCUACCGCGCCGCCAAGCGCUUCAUGUCGCUGCUGGAGAACGGCGGCGCGACCUCGCUCAUGGCCCUGCAGUCCAUGCUGCUGAUUGCCCACUUUGAGUACGCGCACGGGAUAUACCCUGCCGCGUGGAUCACCACGGGCUCGUGUGUGCGUUACGCCGACUUCCUCGGACUGCCAACCUUUCAAGAAGGGAACCUGCUCCUCAGCUCACCAACGACCUGGACCGAGCUGGAAGAACGCAAGCGGACGUGGUGGGCGAUCCUCAUCCUCGACCGCUUCAUCUGCAUCGGCAACAAGAAGCGAUACCUCUCGCCAGACCCCGCCGAAAACGAGACCCUCCCCGCCGACGAUGAGGCUUGGGACCUAGGCCGCGUCGACCGCGCAGUCCACCACACAAUCUCCUCCCCGGCCCCCUCCAGGCCAACAUCCCCCUUCCCAACCCUCUGCCGCUGCGCCCUCCUCACCGCCAAAGUCCUCGCCCACGUCCGCAGCCGCGAGCCACCCAUCCCCGACGCCGCAUCCCUCUCCGAAGCCCUAACCACCGCCCUCGCCUCCCUGCCCUCAAACCUGCCCUACCUCGCGCCCCGCUGCGUCCUCCUCUCGAGCGCCAUCCUCCUCUACGACUUCUACUGCUGCCCGGCCACCCCCACCGGCCGCAUCCGCACCCCGGACGAGACGACGCAGCAGAUCCGCGCCGUCGAGGGUAUCCGCCGGCUGAGCGGCGACAUCGCCGACAUGGCGCGCGAGCUGCUGCUCCUCGCGGCGUCGAUCGAGGACGGGAAGAAGGGUGACAGUAAGGAUAUUGGCGUGAUUAGUCCGCUGAUCUUGGACGCGCUGUACGGCGCGGCGAAUACCCUCGCGUGGCUUGUGCGCGAGGAGGGCUCCGCCGAGUGCGAGGAGGCCGUGGCUGUCAUCAAGCAGUGUCUGGUGAAGCUCAGGGGUAGGUGGAGGUUGGCGGGGGAGUAUUUGCGCAUGUUGGAGGAACAGGCGUUUGCGUACAAGAUGCAAGACCAGGGGCAUUCGACGAUACGUAUCAGAUGA